ACUCUAUGAUUUAUUGGAAUGCUAACAUCUGAUGAAAAUACACUCAUCUUCUUCUCAUAAGAAAAUGACACUUUGCUCCUUCCCAAGUAUGCACAUAAAAUAUUGCCACUGUGAACGUCUGGCUCUUACAGAGAAAUGUCAAUAUGCUGCAGAUACAACAUGCAGCUCACGUCCAUGUUAAGUCCUGAUUUGGGCAAAACCCUCUUAACAUAAGUUUUAUGGGACACAGGACUGCCAUGAUACCAAAAAAAGAGGGCAAGGCACGCCUCCUGCUUCCUCUCCACCUCCAGCUCAGAUGAUAUAAAGAUGCAGCGAACAGCUGUGAAUAUCACCCGCUUCACUUCUGCUCACAGACUGACCGGUGUUGGACAUUCAAGGCGAAUCAUGAGUAAGAACUACUUGUCCAAAAAUGAUGAGCUUCGCAGGGGAGACUAUCUGAUGUCCAAAAACGAGCAGUGGAAGGCCAUCUUCCAGGAUGAUGGUAACUUUGUCCUGUAUGGCUGGAAGUCUGUGUGGGAUUCAGGUACUUAUGGAACAGGUGGUUUCCGCCUGAACAUGCAGGCUGACAGCAACCUGGUCAUAUACAACAAGUCUGACAAACCCAUGUGGGACACAGACACAUUUGUCCCCAUGCCACGUCCUCCUCACCACGGACACAGGAAGGACUGCCAUCUCGAACUGACCGAUGACGGCGAACUGGACUUGUACAGGGGAUCUGACAAAGUCUGGAGCUCUGCUACCUCCAAAGGCGUUAAAAGGAACUAAAUUAAGAAUUCCUAUAUGUUGUUUCCACGGCCUAGGAAAGUUAAAUCAAUAUGUGUGAAGAUGAGCUACUCUCUCUCAAAGCCAGAAACCAGAGAAGUCUCAAACUUGUGAAGUCAUUGGGUAUAAAGUCUGGAGCUGCUCCAUACCAAAGUGUGAGCUUUAUUCUAUUGUAUUGUUCUCAGUUGUGAAUCAGAAAAUGUACCCAUAGACUCAGUACUCAGUGUCAUCUAGUCUAUACAAUUUUCCCCAAUUCAUUGUCUAUGGAGCAGCUCCAGACUUUACAUUGAGUUGUUCAUGUUUACUAAUAUUUUUGGACUGUCUUAGAUCAUUAGGAAUAACAUGUAUGAAUUUUGAAAAUGGCCGUAGUUCCCCUUUAAAUGAUGUCUUAACAUGACAUCACAAAGCUUUUGAAUUUGAAUGCUUUGCAAUUAAAAGUCAUCUUUGGAUGUCAGCGUAAGUUACAAUAAAUCUGCCUGCUGUGCAAUCUGGAAUCAAAUAAAAGCACAUUUUCACAAUGUA